AUGAACACAGUGAGUUUCCGCCACCGGGACAUCGAGCCUUUUUUCGUGGACAGCAGUGCUGCGUGCAUGUCGCAGGACGGGCACAUAGUCGCCACGUCGUCUGGGGAGGAUGUUUCCAUUGUGGAUGUGGAGAAACAGGCGAUUUUGGCGAAAGUUGAUGGCGACGGCGAGCAAAUUUCUUCACUUAUCAUCACACCCGACGGCCGUUACGUGGGUAUUUUCUCGCAGUCGCAGCAGUUCAGGGUGUGGGAUGUGGCCAGCGGGUCUGUAAAGUCCACAAUACGGCUGUCGGCGCCGAUAUUCAUGAGUCGAGCCGACCCAACUUCGACACUUUUUGCAUUUGGAGGUUCGGAUGGAGUGGUGACGGUGUGGGACGUUGAAGGCGGGUAUGUGACACACUCAUUCAAGGGCCACGGAACCACGAUUUGUUCCUUGGCGUUUUUUGGUGACAAUGGAACCGCCGACUGGCGGCUAGCAUCCGGUGACAUAAUGGGUACCGUCAAGGUUUGGGACCUUGUGAAACGGAAAUGUGUAGCCACGAUCCGUGAGCACAGCUCUGCGGUCCGAGGGGUCUCUUUUGAUGCAAAUGGACAACUUGUGACUGGAGGAAGAGACCAGGUGGUGGUGGUAUACUCGGACAAGUACCGGCCUAUCAAGUCGUUUCCGGUUCGGCACCAGGUGGAGGCGGUAGGGUUUGUUACUGUGGGCGGAGAGGAGUGUAUCUACAGCGCUGGAAGCGGAUCUACGUUGUGGGUUUGGGACAGAAAUGGAACCAUGGUGGGCCAUCUGACCAAGAUGCUCGAAACCACCGAAGAGUUGAUGGUGACAGAUGUGUUUGCGCGAGACCAGGGUGUGUGGUUAGUGAUGAGCGACCAGACUUUGGUGGAGGUUUCUCUAUUUCCCGAGCAAAAAGAUGGAGUUUUGGAGUUUCCGGUGGUACAACGUUUAGCAGGAAACCACGGCACAGUAGCAGAUAUUUGUUAUGUGGGAUCCAGCCGCAACUUGCUAGCAUUGGCCACCAACUCUCCAGCACUUCGAAUCAUGGAUCCAGCAGCUCCAUUGGCGGUGAAACUCUGCGAAACUCACACCGAUUUGCUCAACGCUUUGGCGGUGCUGAGCGACGGAUUGUGGAUAGCCACGGCAGGAAAAGAUGGUUUGGCGGUGUUGUGGCAGUGGACCGAUGAUCAAGAGCUGUUUGUGGUGCACUCGACGUACCAUGGGCACGCCGGGAGCGUGACAGCGGUGGCUCUCAGUCAGGAAAAUCCACCAAAAUUUUUGAUUACGGGCUCCGACGACUUGACGAUAAAGAAGUGGGUAGUUCCGAGCGAGAAGAACAAGCUCCAAAAUUCUUCCGUGAAAGUCGCCCAGUUCACCAGACGGGCUCAUGAAAAAGAUAUCAACAGCAUAGCGGUUUCGCCCAACGACGAGUUUUUUGCGUCUGCUUCGUACGACAAAACCGCCAAAAUAUGGAGCACUACUACUGGUGAUACUGUGGGAGUACUAAAGGGCCAUAGAAGAGGGCUCUGGAACAUUGAAUUUUGCCAGUAUGCGCCGAUGGUGGUGACGAGUUCCGGUGACAAAACCGCCAAAGUAUGGUCACUUCAAGACUACACAUGCAUUGCAACACUCGAGGGCCAUACUAAUGGAGUCCAGAGAGCCAUUUUCGUACGAGAUAACAACCAAAUUGUCACCUGUGGAGCCGAUGGACUUGUUAAAAUAUGGACUACAAAUGGUGAAAUUUUGGCUACUCUCGACAACCACGAGAACCGGAUCUGGGCAUUAGCAGCUAAGGAUAACGGUCAGGAGUUGGUAACGUGUGACGGCGAUGGAUAUAUGACGAUUUGGACCGAUAAUAGUGAAGAGACUCGGAUGGAAAAUGAAGCAGAAUCGCGAAAACGAGUCGAACAAGAACAGAAAUUACGCAAUUGCAUCGACCAAAAAGACUACAGUGGAGCAUUUCUUCUUGCAUUGACUUUGGACCAUCCAAUGAGACUUUAUCUGGUGGUUCGUUCAAGUAUGGAACUGGGUCCAGAUUCGCAACUGCUGUUUCUCGGGCUGAAAUCGCUUGAAAAUACCAUUUCUGCACUUACAGAUGAUCAGAUCUUGUUGGUGAUGAAGAGAGCACGAGAAUGGAAUGUUAAUUUUAAAACAUUCGACGUAAGUCAGAGGUUGGUACGGGUUAUUCUUGCCCAAUUUGCACCCACCAGACUUACAUCAAUUCGCGGAAUGGUUCCGUUGGUGGAUGGAUUGGUUGCGUAUAAUGAACGGCAUUACUCGCGCAUAGAGUCACUAAUUGAACAGAGUUAUAUGCUAGAUUACGCAGUGGCAGGUAUGGGUAAGUAG